AUGUUCCUCGCCGAAUUCGAAGGCCAUGAACUUGACGAGACCCCUGUCCCUGACUAUGAUACUGCCGAUGAAAUUGACGAUGAAGACCCAGCGAUUGGCUCGCUGUUCUUCACGCAAUCAUUCCUCGCAAAUUACGCUGUUCUACACCGUCUGACUAAGGAAGAUGCCUAUAGCGCUCCUCAAAAGGCCCCGGCACAACAAUUCCUUGUCGAUGACCGUUACACAACGCGUUAUCAGGGCAUCAUGCUCGACACAGUACGUAAAUGGGGCCACGCAUGGUUCCAUCUAGCUAGACUCCACCGACUGCUUAGAUGUGCCGGGCAUGAUGAUAUUGAUGAGCAGUUUACCCUUAGAGACGACCGCGAGUUCAAUUUCGAGAUAACCGCGGAUCGUUCCAAGGCGCCAGGCAGGUGCCUAUCGAAGCCCAACUCGAUUGGAAAGGUAGAAAAGGCACACGGCCCCCUCCGCCGCGCCUACGAUAUCCUCCAAGCAGAGUUGGGUGAGUCGAGAAGCCCAGAUGCCCUCCUCCAAAUGGCUGUAAAGGCAGUCAAUGACACAGCCGGCCCGGAUGGCCUUGUCCCUACCCUCCUCGUCUUCGGCGCAUACCCACGAAUCAACCACGAUUCACCGCCCUCUCCCCCUAUGAUCAAGCGCGCAGAGGCUAUUCGGAAAGCCAUGGCAGCCCUGCACCGUGCUGCCGCUGCCCGUCAGGUUAGAGAUGCCCUCAACACGAGGAAUGGACCAAAUGUGAGCGCGCUGCAGAGCUUCCCUGCAGAGCGAGGUCCUCGUGUGGAGAGGGCUGACGGCUGGACCGGCCCGUGGAUCGUUAUCGGCAAUAACGGCCACGAAAUAACAAUCAAUCAUGUCAAUGGCCCCGCAACUUCAGGAUCACAGCGGUCAAGAAAUACCACCGUGAUCCUCAGGCCCCUCAUCACAACCCCACGACGACUCGCAGCCGUCCCCGACGAGUCGACCCCAAUGCACCUAACCCCGAUCAAGAUGAUGCCCCUGUGCUCCUACCUGAACAACGCCGACGAGGACGCCCAAAGGCUCAAGAACAAGCCCAAGACCGGCGUAGCCAACCUGUCAAGAAGAAGUUAA